UCGUUUUUGUGUGGUGGUCGAUUAUUUUUCCUGAAAAUUAAUCUUUCGAUAAAAUUAGGGGGGGCGGAUGGAUAGAUAAUCGCAAUUAUCAAUAACUAUUGAUUCGAUGCUAAAUUUACGUUAGCAAUAGCCAUGGCUAUGUCAAAAGGUUUUAAAGUGCUGGAAAAGUCUUCGCCCCCGAAUCCGUACAGUGUAAUUUUACAACACCGAAAUAAAGACUCAGCGCUACUCUUCGAGUCUCAGGCAGUGGUUUCUCUGUCCUCUCAAGAAACAGACACAUUAAAGAAGCAAUAUCAUAAAAUCGCUGACGCCUACGGCUGCCUGGGCGUUCUCCAACUCAACUCGGGUGAAAGCUGCCUCUUGUAUCUCGUUCUCGUCACGGGCUGCUGCUCCGUCGGUAAGGUCGGCGAUGUCGAAGUGUUUAAAAUAACCCAAACUCAAUUUUUACCGCUAUUCUACCAAUCGCAGAAUGAGGAUAAAGUUUCUGAAGUAAGAAAGCUUCUCAACUCUGGUACUUUUUAUUUUUCAUGGAAUACUGGUAAAAAUAAUGACAAUCUAUUUGAUCUCACGCUAUGUGCUCAAAGAAAAAGUAAGGGUGCAAACCCUGACAACAGAUUCUUUUGGAACAGAACCUUAUUUAUACAUUUGAUAAGAUUUGGAAUUGAUUGUGAUGACUGGCUCACCAGAGCCAUGUGUGGCUCGGUGGAAAUACGCACUAUCUAUGUUGGCCACCGCCAAGCCAGGGCUGCUUUAGUGUCCCGGUUGAGCUGUGAAAGGGCAGGGACUAGAUUCAAUGUGAGAGGAUGUAAUGAUGAUGGUAAUGUAGCUAAUUUUGUUGAAACUGAGCAAGCCAUUUAUAUUGAUGACUCUGUGGCUUCCUACAUUCAAACCAGAGGUUCAGUACCAUUGUUUUGGGAGCAACCUGGAGUUCAGGUGGGGUCACACAAGGUGAAAAUGUCAAGAGGGUAUGAUGCUUCCACUAGUGCCUGUGAUAGACAUUUCACUCAAUUGAAGCGAAAUUAUGGAUCUGUAUUUGUAGUUAAUCUCCUUGGAUCAAGUCUGAUUGGUGGCAGCGAAGGAGAAGCCACACUUAGUAAUGCAUUUCAGAAACAUCUCAAUGAAUCCAGUCAUUCUGAUGUAGUCCAGCUCAUAUUUGACUAUCACCAGGAAGUAAGAGCUGGCUCAAUAGAAACUGCCUUGGCCAAAUUUAAAAAAAUAAUUGAAAAACACUAUGAUGACAUAAGCAUCUUCAGUGCCAAAGGUGAGGAUAUUUACAACAUCCAAAAGGGUGUGAUCAGGACAAAUUGUUUAGAUUGCUUAGACAGAACAAAUUCUAUACAAACUUUCAUUGGUUUGGAAAUGCUGGCAAUCCAAUUAAUGUUGCUGCAGUGCAUUGAUAAAAAGCAAAAUGUAAAUAGAUUUGAAGAAGUGUUCAAGCAAAUGUGGGUAAAUAAUGGCAAUGAAAUUUCAAAAAUCUAUGCAGGGACUGGUGCUAUACAGGGAGGAUCUAAGCUGAUUGAUGGUGCAAGGUCUGCAGCCCGCACUAUACAGAAUAAUUUGCUGGACAACUCCAAACAAGAAGCUAUUGACAUAUUAUUGCUAGGUUCUACAUUAAACUCGGAACUAGCAGACCGAACCAGAAUUUUACUGCCAUCCAAUAUUUUGCAUACAUCAACCCCAGUCCUAAGAGAAAUGUGUCGAAGAGCUAAUGAAUUUACCCAACCAACGAGCAUACGCAUCACUAUUGGUACCUAUAAUGUCAAUGGUGGUAAACAUUUCAGAAGUCUUGCAUACAAAGAUGUAUCUCUUGCAGAUUGGUUAUUGGAUUGUCCUAAUUCAUCUUUGGUGAAUACUGUAAACCUAAAAGAACACCCAUCUGAUAUAUUUGCUAUAGGUUUUGAAGAGAUAGUGGAUCUGAAUGCCAGUAACAUAAUGGCAGCUAGUUCAGACAAUGCCAAAGCAUGGAGUGAGGAGCUGGAGAAGGUUCUAUGUAGAGAUGCUCCUUACACUUUGCUGUCAUGUCAUCAGUUGGUUGGUGUGUGUUUAUUUCUAUUUGUGAGAAAAGAUUUAGUUCCUCACAUUAGAGAUGUUGCCCUGGACUCGGUUAAAACUGGCUUAGGAGGUGCCACGGGAAACAAGGGUGCGGUAGGAAUCCGUAUGGUAAUUUAUGGAACUUCCCUGUGCUUUGUUUGCGCCCACUUUGCUGCUGGACAGUCUCAAGUUACUGAACGCAAUGCAGACUACACUGAAAUCACGCGAAAAAUCGCUUUUCCUAUGGGAAGGUCACUGUAUUCUCACGAUUACGUAUUUUGGUGCGGCGAUUUUAACUACAGAAUUGAUCUUGACAAAGAUGAAGUACGUUCGUUAGUAUCGCAGAACAAUAUGCACAGGUUGCUUGAACAAGAUCAACUUAUUCAACAAAAAUCGCAAGGCUUGGUUUUCAAAAAUUGUUUUGAAGGAGAUAUUACUUUCCCACCGACUUAUAAAUACGAUCUUUUUAGCGAUGAUUACGAUACCAGCGAAAAAUGUCGGGCACCCGCUUGGACUGACAGAGUUCUAUGGAGAAGCAGAAAACACACCAUUGACCCUGAAACGACAUCAGAACUCGCUGCUGGAAAAUUGCUUCACUAUGGUCGCGCCGAACUGAAACAAAGUGACCAUCGUCCAGUUAUUGCAAUUUUAGAAGUGGAGGUUCUUCAAGUCAGUUACACCAAAUGUAUGGAAGUAUUUUAUGAAGUAGUAAAAGACCUCGGUCCUCCCGACGCAAGCAUUAUCGUGCAACCCAUCGAGGAAAUCGAUAGCGACGAGUCAGUGUUUGACGAUAACGUGAUGGCAGCUGUGCUGCAGGAAUUGGCCACAAUCGGCGAAGUCACUCUAGUGCGUUUCAUAGAUGAGCAGUCUCUGAGCAUCACAUUUAGAGAUGGACAGAACGCAUUGGCCGCAGCGCAAAAGGGUCAAAUAUCAGCCUGCUCUAUCCCAUUGAGCAUAACAUUGAAGUGUCCCGAUUGGGUCGACAUAGUUCGAUCUGAAAUAAAUCUAUGCACGAAUAAUACGGUUCCGCUAGUCGGCGAGGCUCAGGUAGAGCGGCCGCUGCGUUCCGCCCCGCCGACGCCGCGCAGACAGCAGCCCAGCAGGCCCCCAGCGCCGUCGCCGACGCCCUUGGUUCCGUCGCGAGCGCAGCAGGUCCCUGUGAGUCCGGCGCGCCCGCCGCCUCCUCGGCCCGCGCCUGUCACGCCAGACUCCAACAAGAUAAUCGCUCCGAGCCCUGUGACGUCGCCGCAGGCGGACAGCGUGCCGCCGCCGUCGUGCGCGCCGCCGCCGCCGCCGCCGAGCAGCACCCCGCCGCCCGCCGGCCCGCCGCCGCCGGUUCCUGCCAGACACGGUGCGCCGCCACCCUUACCUGCGCGCCCAAGACCAGUUACAUAAAUUUAAUAGCAUUUAUACAUUUAUAACCUUAAUAUGCGUAAUUAGAUAUUUAUGCAGUUAGAUUAGUAUUAAACACACCUAACCAAAUAUAGGUACUUAUCCCGACUUCUGAGAUGUUAUGAAAUGCCUUCAUACCUAAUUUGUAUUAGAAGAAUACUCGUAUUUUUCAUGGUCCUCUCUUUUUGUGCUAUUUUUAUGAAACUAGAGUGCUGAUGCUGAAUGCAAUGGUUACUUAUGUUUUAGAAUUUAGACUGUUGUUGCAUAUUUGAAAAUAUUUCACAAUUUACUCAGGACGAAAUACGACGAAUUUUUGAAACAAUUUAUUACUGUAAAUGACUGAAAAUUAUCAGCUCUGAUCUGAUCACCAUGUUGGGCGCCAAUAUCUUCCUCGACUCUAGUCGAUUCAGAAUUUCAGACAAAUUUUGUUAUUAUACUUUUUUAUGAGGCCUGAAAUAACAGUAAUAAAUACAGCUAAUUUAGAUUACAAUGUAAGCACUGUUUAAAAUUGACUAGUUUUUUAGAACUCCUAGGUUUCCAUGUUAAUUUUAUAAGUAAAAGUAUUUUUCUUAUUUAUUAUUAUUAUCAUGGCAUUCAUGGCUAAUAUUUAAUUUUGUAAGUGAUAAUGCAUCGAAAAGAUCUGUUGUUA